UAUAAAGCUGGACGAUUGGAACAUAUGGAUAUACAGUUUAAUGAAGAAAACACAAAUUUAAAAAGAUUACUUCAAACAAGUAAAACACACUUUAUAAUUAAACGUGAAAGAGUAACAAAUUAUAAAACAGCUGAUUAUGAAGGUGAUUUUGUUGUUGUUAUUUAUGACAAAAGUUUUAAUGGUACCUUUAUUAAUAGCAGAAAACUAAUAGAUAAAAAAGGCAUACUCCAUAAUAAUGAUACAAUAAGUAUUGCCAAACCUGAUAAUGAAGUCUUCCAGUACGUGCAAACAACAAAUUCAGUUUAUAUACCACCAGAGUUGGCUAGAUAUUACGUGGCUUUGAGAACUUUAGGACAUGGUAGUUGUGGACCAGUUGAAUUAAUAUAUUCAAAAACUGGUUAUUGUCCAUUGGUAUUGAAAUGUAUAAAAAAAAAUAGCUUAGAUGAGACAGCUCAUCAAGAUAAUUUUAUGAAUGAAGCUAAUAUAUUAAAAGGAUUAAAACAUCCAAAUAUUAUUAAAAUGGUACAUGCAAUAAAUACACCAUCUGAUAUUUUUAUCAUACUGGAAUUAAUGCAAGGUGGUAAUUUAUUUGAUAGAAUUAAAAACAAUGGUUUAUCAGAAGAAUUAACGAAAUUUUAUUUCUAUCAAAUUGCAACUGCUGUUGAGUAUCUUCAUGAUAAAAAAAUUACACAUCGUAAUCUCAAACCAGAGAAUAUUUUAUUACGAGACAAUGAUGAAUAUACACUUGUUAAAGUAACUGAUAUUGGUUUGAUGAAUCUGGUUAAUGAUGGAAUGAUGGUGGAAGAAUUUCGUUUUGCACCAUAUUAUGCUGCACCAGAAAUAUUUAAAAGACAACAGUAUACAAGUCAAGGAGAUGUAUGGAGUUUGGGUGUUAUACUGUAUGUUAUGUUAAGUGGCUGUUUACCAUUUUUACCCUCAACAACAAAAAGUAUUUCGGAUGUUGUUAUUGAAGGUAGUUAUAAUUAUACACCGGAUAAAUUUAGAAAUGUAUCUGACGAAGCGAAAUAUUUGAUUGGAAGUAUGUUGAAAGUCGAUCCAAAUGAUCGUUAUACAGCUUCAAAAAUUGUUGCACAUUCAUGGUUGAAUGAUAGAGAAUUAAUGGAAAGAAUUUCAAUAAUUUUAGAACCAUAUAUUAAUAUUAAUAAUAAUGAUAAUAGUGACAAUAAAAGUGCAAAUGUUGAUAGAGAAAUUGGUAGUCUACAACGUGAUGAUGAAUUUUUAAAUGAUAUUCCAAUGAAACGUUUACGUUUAGAAUAAUACAUUUGCCAAUAAAAAAAAAUAAUUUUGGAGUAUUAGUUGAUACAAAAUUUUAAUAAUAAUAUAAACAACACCCGAGAACCAUUCGUUUUGUUAUUAUCUUCAUAAAGUAUAUUAAUACCACUUAGCAACAUUUUAAUUUCAGCAAUAGCACGUCCUGGAUUGAGUUCUUUUGGACAAACUUUUGUACAAUUAAAUACUGAAAAAUAAUCACGCAUUUUAUUUAAACGUUCAUGAUGUUUCGUAUCUCUUGAAUCAAUAAUCCAUCUGUAUGCUUGAAGUAAAACAGCUGGACAAAGAUAUUUUUCACGAAGCCACCAGUAUGUG